AGGGGAGCCAGCCUUGGUUCUUGGUCGUCGAUACACGACCAAAUGGCAAUGAAAAAGCACAGUGGUGGCGCUGAGCGAAAGGAAGAAAUGAUCUCGCGCAAUGAGUGCACGGGAUCAUGUUGUGUUGACGGUGAAUUUUCCAGUGCCCCCCAGAAUCGAGUCCUUUAGCUUCCCGGAGAACAUCCAGGCGGGCGCACGGGUCCACGUAACGUGCGUCGUGAGCGAGGGCGACCCGCCAGUGAGGAUCGUCUGGCUGAAGGACGGCCGGCCCCUGAGCUCCUACCGCGAGCUGGACGCCGCCACGAACCAGAUUGGCGAGUUCGAUCUCGCCCUGAGGAUAACCAGCGCUUCGCCCGCGCACAACGGCAACUACACCUGCUUGGCGAGCAACGACGCCGCUAAGGCAUCGCGCACCGCUCGGUUGCUCGUUCACGGUACGCACACCACGCGACGUCCUCCUCGUCUCCGGGACUCUUACGCGUCGUCUGCUAGGUGGCGCUCGCGCUCCACGUUAUCACUCGCCACGUUCAUUCUUCCGAUUAUUAGCCGAGCACUCGGGCCUUAUCAUUGCGGACAACUUGACAGCUCCUUAUUAUACAUAAUAGUGCACAGUCGAGUUUGGCUCUUUCUUAUAUAAGCUACACGGAUGUUACGUUGAAAGUUGCCAAUUAAACGGACGUCCUCGUCCCAUUCGUUAAAAGCAUCAACCGGGAUAAGCUUUUAAAAAUUCUGUCUAAAAUUGCCCGAAUAUGUUAUUGAUUAUCGUGUUAUUGUUGUAUUGAAGUA